AUGGCUCGCUGUUCACUUCUGUUAGCCUUAAUGAUCUUAUUGAGGUACGCGUCAUGUCGUCCCGAUUCAUGCCCGAAUUGUCGCGGUUAUAAUUUGAGGUCCAACUCGCUCACCAACGCCACUCAGGACGCCGAAGCUCUUGACGAUCUCUCUCCCUAUUGUGUGGUCUGUACGCCCGUACCGGGACACAGACGCCGGGAUGUCAUUCCGACAUGCCCGCUUGUGAGAAGGACUUCGACGCUGUGGCUUCGAAAUUUUCGCCUGGGUUCCCUGUCCUUGUCGGAUCUGAGCCAUCUGAAAGACGUCAAGACUCUGUAUCUACACCCAGUUACUACCGCGGUACUCCUACAAUGGAACAGGCUAGAGACGAUCGGGCCAGGCUACUUCAGACAGCUUUCGUCGCUUAUGCUGUUGGAUCUACGAUACAACAAGAUUCACACCAUCUAUAAAGUGACAAAAAAUAGAGUUACAGAAUGGCAAAAUAAGGCUAUUUCUUGUACAUCGGUGUUUGCCUUAGGAAUGGAAAACAUUACAGCACAACAAAAUGUGUCUGAAGUCCAAAUUAUAUCAACAGUGAAUGGGACUGAUAUUGACCACAACAGACAUCUAGUAUAUUUUAUUCUGAAAAACGACGAGAUUAACAAGGCUUCGUUCAAUCUAUUGGAUCUAAUCAUCACAACUCUACUGACGCUAUCACUUUUGGCGUUCUGUUAUUUCGUCUUUCAGUCGCUAAGAAAGACCGCGCCGCAAAAUAUCCAAAACCAGAAUUACACUGGGACUGUAAACGUACAACAAAACCCUGUCGACUUCCUUCAUCAUACUUACGAGACAAUAGAAGACCAGCCUCAAGCGAGAGACCAGAAUGGAGUCAUACCAGGCGCUCAAAUUCCAACCUCAGGAGACGAUGUUAUCGCACCAUACGGACAAACUGUAUUGUCAGUCUCCUAUGGGAAGGACAAAGCUUUGAACGCCAUACCGAGUACCUACCAGUCACAAAACAGAGUGACUGGUAAGAAAAGUGUACAAACUCCUUACUUAAAAUGCGAUGACCAAGCCAGACAGCAAAUGCAAGAAAAGAUAUAA